AAAUGACUCUAAACCCAUACGAUAAAGCCAAGUUUAUACAGUUGCAUUCUGCAGCUCACAAAGCCGACCUAGCUGACCAAGAAGAACUGAAGACCAAAGCAGGCCUCCAUCUUAUCAAAAAUAUACAGUUACCCACCUCACAUUAUGCUUUUGAGAAGUUACACAGGUAUGAUGUAGUCCAAAGCAAGCAAGAAGACUUGAAAUUGAGAGAGCAAGCAAACUUCUUACAAGCCAAGAAAGCUAACCUUCAGAGGGCCCUUGAAGAAAGCUCCCGUAGAAAUGCAGAAAAACAAGCUCAGUUAUAAUAGAAAGAACCGACAUGGUGAAAGAACAUCAAGCAAUGCUAGAAGAGCUCCGCAUGAAAAUGAUGAUGAUACAUGACAAAAAAUGCUGAAUUAAAAGAAAGAAAGCUAUGAUGGCCUAUGAAUGUCAAGCACUUCAAGCAGAAGUAGACGCAAUCAGCAAAUCUUCCAAAGACUAACAAUUAGUGAAAUCUUUAUUCAAUCU